AUGCAUUCCUACACGGAGAUCUUCACGAAACCGUUUACAUGCUUCCCCCCUGGAUAUCUUCGUAAAGGGGACAACAUGGUUUGCAAACUAAACCGGUCGUUGUAUGGGCUGAAGCAAGCAUCAAGGAAUUGGUUCUCCAAGUUAUCCACUGCUUUACAAAGUUUUGGCUUUUCUCAAUCACAAGCGGAUCACUCUUUUUUUGUUCUUCGGCAGGGCUCGGCUUCCAUCUUUAUUCUCAUAUAUGUGAAUGAUAUUAUCAUCACUGGCUCUGACAUGGCCCUGCUACAGGAUAUUAAGACUCGUAUCUGCACUACUUUUCACACCAAAGACAUUGGACCUCUAAAGUAUUUUUUGGGCAUUGAGCUAGCCCGGUCUCAACAAGGUCUUUAUCUUUGUCAACGCAAAUAUACGCUUAACAUCCUAAGUGAUAGUGGUCUUACAGGCACCCGUCCAGUAGACUUUCCAAUGGAACAAAAUCUGAAGCUUUCAGACUCUACAGGGUCGAUACUUUCAGAUCCAUCACCGUACCGGCGCUUGGUUGGUCGCUUGAUCUACCUCACUGUUACUCGCCCUGACAUUGUGCACACUGUCAACAUUUUAAGUCAGUUUAUGCAUCAACCACGACAGCCCCACCUUGAUGCUGCCCAUCGUCUACUCCGACACUUAAAGGGCACAGCUAGCCAAGGAAUUUUUCUUUAUGCCAAGUCUACACUCAAAUUAACGGCUUAUUGUGACUCAGAUUGGGCAAGCUGUCCAAUGACUCGUCGUUCAACAACCGGCUAUUGCAUCCUCCUUGGCUCUAGCCCUGUUUCUUGGAAGACAAAAAAACAAUCCACUGUUUCUAGAUCCUCUGCCGAGGCCGAGUACCGUGCUAUGGUAGUAGCUACUUGUGAGGUUACUUGGCUAUCCUACCUUUUACAGCAUUUGGGUGUACCACUACGCGCCCCCGUUGCUCUUUACUGUGACAAUUUGGCAGCACUUUACAUAGCUGCUAAUCCAGUUUUUCAUGAGCGCACUAAGCAUAUAGAGAUCGAUUGCCAUGUUGUGCGUGAAAAACUUCAUCAAGGCCUGAUUCGCCCAACCAAAAUUGCUUCGACUGAUCAAAUUGCAGAUAUUUUUACAAAGUCACUUGGACGAACUCAAUUUCAACAUCUUCAGUCCAAGCUAGGCAUUCGCAAUCUUCAUGCUCCACCUUGA